CCGACCGCACCGAGCCGAGCCGAGCCGAGCCGAGCCGAGCCGAGCCGAGCCGAGCCGAGCCGAGCCGAGCCGAGCCGAGCCGAGCCGCUCCCGCCAUGAUCGCCUCGCACCUCCUCGCUUACUUCUUCACCGAGCUCAGCCAUGACCAGGCGCAGAAGGUGGACAAGUACCUGUACCACAUGCGGCUCUCCGACGAGACGCUGCUGGAGGUGUCCCAGCGCUUCGAGAAGGAGAUGGAGAAGGGGCUGGGGGCAGACACCAACCCCACCGCCUCCGUGAAGAUGCUGCCCACCUUCGUCAGGUCCACCCCGGAUGGCACAGAGGACGGGGAUUUCCUGGCCCUGGACCUGGGUGGCACCAACUUCCGAGUGCUGCGGGUGAAGGUGUCGGACAACGGGCUGCGCAAGGUGGAGAUGGAGAACCAGAUCUAUGCCAUCCCCGAGGAGCUCAUGAGGGGCAGCGGGGUGCAGCUUUUCGACCACAUUGCCGAGUGUUUGGCCAAUUUCCUGGACAAGCUGCAAAUCAAGGACAAGAAGCUCCCCCUUGGCUUCACCUUCUCCUUCCCGUGCCACCAGACCAAGCUGGAUGAGAGCAUCCUCGUGACGUGGACGAAGGGGUUCAAGUGCAGCAGCGUGGAGGGGAGGGACGUGGUGUCCCUGCUGCGCAAGUCCAUCAAGAAGAGAGGGGACUUCGACAUUGACAUCGUGGCCGUGGUGAACGACACCGUGGGCACCAUGAUGACCUGUGGCUACGAUGACCACAACUGUGAAGUUGGCCUCAUUGUUGGAACUGGCACCAACGCCUGCUACAUGGAGGAGAUGAGGCACAUCGACCUGGUGGAAGGGGAUGAGGGCAGGAUGUGCAUCAACAUGGAGUGGGGAGCCUUUGGGGACGACGGGGUGCUCAACGACAUCCGCACCGAGUUCGACCGCGAGAUCGACAUGGGCUCGCUCAACCCUGGCAAACAAUUGUUUGAGAAGAUGAUCAGCGGGAUGUACAUGGGGGAGCUGGUCAGGCUCAUCCUGGUGAAGAUGGCCAAGGACGGGCUGCUGUUUGGGGGAAGGCUCACGCCAGAUCUGCUCACCACGGGCCACUUUGAGACCAGAUUCGUCUCUGCCAUUGAGAAGGAGAAGGAAGGGCUGCAGAAAGCCCACGAGAUCCUGAGCAAGCUGGGGCUGGAGCCGUCGCACGAGGACUGCGUGGCCACGCUGCGCAUCUGCCAGAUCGUGUCGACGCGCUCGGCCGCGCUCUGCGGGGCCACGCUGGCCGCCGUGCUGCGCCGCAUCCGCGACAACAAGGGCGGCGACAGGCUGCGCUCCACCGUGGGCGUGGACGGCUCCGUGUACAAGAAACACCCCCACUUUGCCCGACGCCUCCACAAGACCGUGCGGAAGCUGCUGCCAGACUGCGAGAUCCGCUUCAUCCGCUCCGAGGACGGGAGCGGCAAAGGGGCGGCCAUGGUGACAGCCGUGGCCUACAGGCUGGCUGCACAGCACCAGGCCCGCCAGAAGAUCCUGGAGCCCCUCAAGCUGAGCCACGAGCAGCUGCUGGAGGUGAAGGAAAGGAUGAGGAUAGAGAUGGAGAAGGGGCUGGGCAAGGAGACGCACGAGGAGGCGACGGUGAAAAUGCUGCCCACCUACGUGUGCUCCACUCCUGAUGGAACAGAAAAGGGAGAUUUCCUCGCCCUGGACCUGGGAGGAACCAACUUCCGCGUGCUGCUGGUGCGCGUCAGGAACGGCAUGCGGCGCGGCGUGGAGAUGCACAACAAGAUCUACUCCAUCCCCGUGGAGAUCAUGCAGGGCACGGGAGAGGAGCUCUUUGACCACAUUGUCCAUUGCAUCUCUGACUUCCUGGAGUACAUGGGGAUGAAGGGCGUGUCGCUCCCGCUGGGAUUCACCUUCUCCUUCCCCUGCCAGCAGAACAACCUGGACGAGGGAAUUCUCCUGAAGUGGACAAAAGGUUUCAAGGCGACAGGCUGCGAGGGAGAGGACGUGGUGGGGCUGCUGAAGGAGGCCAUUCACAGGAGAGAGGAAUUCGACCUGGACGUGGUGGCAGUGGUCAAUGACACCGUUGGCACCAUGAUGACCUGUGGCUACGAGGAUCCCUACUGUGAAGUUGGGCUGAUUGUUGGCACGGGCAGCAACGCCUGCUACAUGGAGGAGAUGAGGAACGUGGAGCUGGUGGAGGGGGACGAGGGCAGGAUGUGUGUCAACAUGGAGUGGGGGGCCUUCGGGGACAGCGGCUGCCUGGAUGACAUCCGGACGGAGUUCGACGUGGCAGUGGAUGAGCUGUCCCUCAACCCUGGCAAGCAGAGAUUUGAGAAGAUGAUCAGUGGGAUGUACCUGGGGGAAAUCGUCCGCAACAUCCUGAUGGAUUUCACCAAGAAAGGGCUGCUCUUCCGGGGACGGAUCUCCGAGAGGCUGAAGACUAGAGGGAUCUUUGAGACCAAGUUCCUGUCCCAGAUAGAGAGCGACUGCCUGGCCCUGCUGCAGGUGCGCUCCAUCCUGCAGCACCUGGGCCUGGAGUCCACGUGCGACGACAGCAUCAUCGUCAAGGAGGUGUGCGCGGUGGUGGCGCGGCGCGCGGCCCAGCUCUGCGGCGCCGGCAUGGCCGCCGUGGUGGACAAGAUCCGCGAGAACCGCGGCCUGGACUUCCUCAAGAUCACCGUCGGUGUGGACGGCACGCUCUACAAGCUGCACCCUCACUUCUCCACGGUGCUGCAGGACACAGUGAGGGAGCUGUCCCCCAAGUGUGAAGUGACCUUCCUGCAGUCGGAGGACGGCAGCGGCAAGGGCGCCGCGCUGAUCACGGCCGUGGCCUGCCGCAUCCGCGAGGCCGGCCAGCGGUAGAGGGAAGCAGCUUUGCCCAGGAGCUUGGCUUCAGCAGAAGAAGGACGUUUCCUCACCCAGCCCCUCCCUCCCUCUCUGCACACACUCACACACCCCCUCCCCUCCGAGCAGACUCGUAGCUUUACUCGUCCUCCGAGGCACCACGGUGGGACCGGAGACGCCGUGGGCUCUGUACCAAGUGUUGUCGUAGGAGUUUCCUUGCAUGCCAUAAAACCAGCUGUCGAGUAAAGCUCACAGUGUCUUUUGGCUUCUCCCUGCAUUUCCAGGUGGAGCUGGAGCUGUCCCACCUCCGUCACACCCCCGACCACUGGCCCUCCCCUAGCAGCAGUAGGGAUAACACUCGGAUAAUUCAGACACUGCAUCGUCACUUUAACAGAACCUAUUUGUGUGUGUCGGAGCCGUAGCUGUCCGUGCUGUAGAAGCAAACCUCUAAGAUUGGGCUAAAGACCUCCACUAGGCUUUUACCCUGAUCAAGGCUGUAUUAUUUCCAUGAAAGUCAUGGUAACCCUUCGAGCACAGGGUGCAGAGUUGCACGGGCUGCGCUGGAGGUGCCACGUGCCUCCCUUGGUGAGCAAAGCUGGAGGAGGCUGCAGGAGCCCCUGGGCAGCCCCAGCAGAGCACGUGCCUGGAAAUAAUUGGGGACUCAGGGUCUGAUCCCAUUUCCUGCCCUCUCAGCCCCACCCUGUAGGACCGUGGCGUGUGUAGGGUCAUGUUUCACCCCCGGGCACCACCACCACCCCUUCCCUGGUGCAUGUGUGGGCUCCAGGAGCCUCUGCCACGGGGCUCUGCCCCCCUGCCCAGCCCCAAACCCUCGCCGUGUCUGCCCUUGGCGUGGAGAGUCUGGUUUGCUUUGUGUCUGUGAAAUAGUUCUGCGGCCGCAGCCUUUAGGUGGCACCUGGAUUUAUACACUGUAUAUUUAUGUUUUAAGAGAUCUGAUGUCUUUUUAUGUACAUAGUCUCGGGGGGGGGAUUGUGUCACUUAGUUUUAACCUUUUCAUGUUGUUGAAGAAGAGUACAGAGUAAUUAUUUUCUUUUUUUUUUUUUUCUGUCGUGUAAUUUUUUUUUUUAAUUUAAAAUUUUCUUGGGGUAGACUGGAGGAAGAGACCCAAAUACCUGAGGACUGUUGUACAAGAGGUUUGGGCAUUCUGACUUUAUCACCAGGACAAAAGGGAAAGCAGAAAGCCAGGGUGUGCAGGAGCAGCAGGGCCCUGUGGUGAUGCUGUGGGCUUCAGGCUGGGUUUAACCUUAGGACAGGUUUUGUUUUGUCCCCAGCUGUGCUCUGGAAGGUCACAUCCAUGGGGGCAUGACACAACCCAGGGCCCUGCAGGUCCCCUGUGCCCUCAGCAUCACCUGUGUGCCAUGGCCCAGUGCAGGGAUCCAUUUUUUGCCAACAGAAAACUCUGGAUGAACUAAAAGCUGCAGGUCUCUGCCUCGGUGAGAGGAGGCAGACAGAGGGUGGGGGGGUUUUCUGUAAAUAUUUAGCAGAAGUUAAUGAAAUUUCAGUGAUGUACAAAAAAAAAAAUAUAACUAAUAAACCCCACAAACAGCCCUUCAGAUUGGAGGAUAGAGCUUUUGUCUAUUUUUAUGUAUAUUUUUAUACUGCUUGGGGUAACCUCAUUACCAAAAGUCUCUCUUCUGUGUUGGGGGUCAAGUUCAGUAGCACAAUUUUAAAGGAAAAUUACUCUUUUGGGCAUUUUAAAUGCUUAUUUUUUUAUAAGCCUCAAGACAAUGAUAACAAAUACAACCUGUGUAUAGAAAUGAUGUAAGAAACCAAGUUUAGUGGAAGUUUUAGAAGCUGUCAAAUAAUAAAUCUUUGAAGGAUGAUACAGAAAUCCUCUAA